AUGAUGUGCCUCGGCCUCCUCUUCGGGACGCUCCUCAGCUGCUCCAGCGCGCUCACCCCGCCGCCGGCGGCCGCGAUGCCGAACCGGUCGCCGGGCUGGGGCGAGACCGGGCAGCCCGUGCCGACGCCCGCGCCGCUGCACGCGGCGGCGGUCGUGCCGGCGCCCGUGGUGCCGCGGAAGGUCCGGUCGCUCGAGAGCUGCAAGAACGAGUUUGAAGGCGACUCGAGCGCCGGCGGCUUGCGGAAGCUCUUGGCGUGCCAGAAGCCCGCGCUCGACGAGCUAAACCGCGAAAUGGAUGAGGCCCACGAGAUCAAGGCGCAGCUAUCCGACAACUGGUCCACGACUUGCGACACCUCGUGCAAGAACAAGGGGCUACCGAUGUCGGAGGCCUUCACGACGUGCCACAAGGCGUGCAUGGACUCCGACCCUCUCUACGUCCCGGACGUCGGCAUUGGGAGCAAGCUCGCGGACGCCGACGGCCGGAUCGUCGCUGCCAAGGAGAAGGCCGCGGUCGCCAAGGCAAACCUCGCGGCCCACAAGAUCGAGGUCGAGACCGGCGAGGCCACGCGCGCGGCCGAGGCGGCGCUGGAAGACGCGCAGCGGAAGGCGGACGCGGAACGCGCGAAGAUGGAGAGCGACGCGGCGGCGAGCGAGGCGCGCGAGACCAAGUACGCGGAGGGCCUCACGACCAUGGAGAAGUUUGCCUUUUUCGCCUACUUCUGCAUGAUCGCGAUGGGAAAACUCUGCGUCUUCCAGGCCAGCCUCAUGACGAACAACGCGACCAAGCGCCUUUUGCACAACACGGGUAGCUACACCAUUCCCAUCGGCUUCGGCUUGUUCAUUCUUCAUGUGGCCUUCAUGCUCUUCUGGUCCGCCUACGAGCGCGCCGCGCUCGAGGCCGCGCGCGACGCGCUCCGCGACGCGCGCGCGACGGCGGCGACGGAGGCCGCGGACCUGCAGCGCCAGUACCGCGAGACCGUCGCCGAGCGCGUCGAGGCCGCGGCGGAGGACGCGCGCGCGGCGCGCGACGCGCUCGCGGCGGACCUCGAGGAGCGCCACGCCGCGGACGCGAAGCGCCGGCUCCGCGCGCUCGAGCUCGACCUCGAGCGCGCCGAGGACCGGGCGCUCGAGGAGGCCGGCGCGGAGCGCGACGAGCGCCACGCCCAGGCGCUCGCGGCGCUCCGCGCGGAGCGCGACGCCGCGGCGGAGGGCGUCGCGGCCGCGCACUCGGCGACGCUCGAGGCCCAGGCGGCGCAGCUCGGCCUCGAGCGCGACCGCGCCGUCGCGGCCGCGGCCCAGGAGAUGCGCGACGCCGACGCGCGCGCGGGCCUCGCAGCGGCCCUCGAGGCCGCGCUCGCGCGGCGCGACGAGGCCCACGCGGCCGCGCUCGCGGCCGCCGAGCUCCCGGAGCAGCGCGCGGCCGGCGCCGUCGAGGUCGACGAGACGCUCGCGAAGCUGCGGGCGGAGCGCACGACCGCGGCGGCAGCGAGCGCCGAGGCCCUGCGCCAGCUCCGCGACGAGCUCACGGGCGACGCGAAGCGGAAGCUCGCGGACGCGGCGGCCGCGCGCGACGCCGCGGUCGCGCACACCGAGGCCGCGCACGCCGCGAACCUCCAGGCCGCGCUCGAGGCGCUCCGCCGCCUCGACGCGUCGGCGCUCCAGUUCGCCGCGGAGCUGCGCCUCGCCGUCGAGGAGGCCGAGCUUCGCAAGGACCGCGAGCGCCGCGACGCCGUCGACGCCGCGGAGGCGCGGCUCCGCGACGAAUUCGCGCUCGCGGCGGGGGCCGAGCGGAGCCGCCUCGACGACGGCAAGAAGCAGGCCCUCGAGUCGCCCGCGUCGGCCCACGCGGGCGCCCUCGCGGCCGUCGCGUCGGACCGCGAGGCCGCGCUCGAGCAGGCCGUCGUGCGCGAGCGCCUCGCGGCGGCCGACGACGUCGCCAAGGCGCAGCGCGCGGGCGCGGAGAGCCUCGCGGCGCAGCUCGAGCGGCCUAGUUCGACGCCGAGCUCGCGGACCGCGAGGCCGACUGGCGCCGCGACGCGGACGCGCGCGUCGCCGCGCGCGGCCGACGCGUCGGCCGCGCGCGACCGCGACGCGCUCGAGCGCGACCUGGCGGAGCGGAGCGCCGAGGCCGCGCGGGGUGACGCGGCGGCGCUCGAGGUCGAGCGCCAGGCGGCGCUGCUCGAGGCGCGGUCCGCGUUCGAAGCCGCGCUCGAGGCCGCGCUCGAGGCCGCGUCGCCCGCGCCGUGCGCCACGAAGGCCUUGAUCGACCGGCAGUGCCGGUUGGCGCGCUUGUCCUCGAGGAAAAGCGAGUUCAGCUCCAGCGACAGCGCGACGCCCGGCGACCGGGUGCUGGGUCGCUACCGGACGGACGAGUACCGCGCGACGGUGCUCGCCGCGGACGGCGACGACGACGACGUCGUCGUCGAGUGGGCGCCGCCGCACAACAAGUGGGGGCCGGCGACCCUGAAACGGCGGGACGUGCGCUUCGUGUCGCGGCCCAAGCCCGAGCACCCGCUGUCGACGCUGCUGCCCGGGCGGCUCGAGGACGGGUCCGGCGACCUCGUCGAGCUCGACGCGGCCUACGACGCCUGCGACGCCGUGGGCAUCUUCUUCGCGUCCGGAGACACGCCGCCGCGCGCGACGGAGGCCGUCGUCGCCGCGCGCGACGCGCUCCGGCGGCAACGGAAACGCCUGGGCCUGGCCCUCGUCGAGUUCGACCCGGCGGAGACGGCCAUCUGCCGGCACCGCGCCAAGGUCCCGGGCGACUGCUAUUCCGUGCCGGCCGCGAACGUCGGCCUCGUCGUCGCGCAUUUCAACCUGAUGGAGGCCUGCCGCGUGCGCGAGCUCCCGAGCCUCUGCGUCGUCGACCCGGCGUCGGGCCGCAUCCUGACCUACGACGGCAUGGACGCGCUCGACGAGCUGCCCGAGGGCUUCCCCUGGGACGGGUUCCGGUCGGCGCGGACGGUGAAAAUCGAGCGCAAGGCGCGGGCCAUGACGGUCUUCGCCUACUUCGCCGGCGCGCUGCUCGCCGGCGUCGGCGCCUACCGGGUCGGCGGGUGGCUGAGCUCCCUGCUCCCCGGCGCGCCGGCCGAGGAGGCCCUGUGA